ACUGCUCACCUGCUCUUUUUAAGGCCGUGUGCUUCUCAGCCAUAGCAGUCAACUAAAGGACUCGCUCACCACAUCAAGAUCGAAAAUGGCGGCGGCGCCGGGGCGGCCGGUGACGGUGGACUUCGAGGCGCUGAGCUACAUCAGCAGCCUGGUGGAGGCGUUCCAGGCGUUCGACUCCGACAACGACGGUCUCGUGACCGCCCCGGAGCUCCGUGGCCUGCUGGCCUCGCUGGGCCUGGACAAGUCCGAGGCCGAGGCGCGCGACAUGCUGGCGCGCGCCGACGCCGACCGCGACGGCCGGCUCAGCGUCGAGGAGCUCCUGGACGUGAUGAACGCCGGGGAGCUCGGGCUGGGCGCGCUCGGGGAGCUGCUGCAGUCGGCGCUUCCCGCGCUCGAGGCAGCGGGCGGGGCGCUCGUGGGGGCGGACGAGCUCGCCAGGGCGAUCGGAGCCGUGGGCGGCGCCAGCGCCGAGGACUGCGCCGCCAUCGUCGAGUGCCUGGACGGAGACGGAGACGGCGCCAUCACCAUCGAGGAGUUCAGGUUCAUGGCCGACCUGCUCUAGAUCGAGCCUAGGCUGCUACACCUGCGCGUGGAAGCGGAACGGUGUCUAGUUUGCUGUGUGUGCACGUCGUGUUCGUCUGUGUAUUGAGAUCGAAAAUAAUCAAGCAGGAGGUAUCUAUGCGAUGCGAGUUGUGGGUGUAUGUUUAUGCGAUGUAUCUCACUAUCUUUAUCAAGUAACUGUUCAUGUUCCUCCA